CCUCCCCCCUUUCGGUCUACUCAUCCACUUUUCCAACCAGUCAGUGUCUUCCACCCCUCUCUGCCAAUCCCUCCACUGGCCUCCAUUCAGUGUCCUCCACCCCUCUCUGCCAAUCCCUCCACUGGCUUCUAUUCAGUGUCCUCCACCCCUCUCUGCCAAUCCCUCCACUGGCCUCCAUUCAGUGUCCUCCACCCCUCUCUGCCAAUCCCUCCACUGGCUUCUAUUCAGUGUCCUCCACCCCUCUCUGCCAAUCCCUCCACUGGCUUCCAUUCAGUGUCCUCCACCCCCCUCUCUGCCAAUCCCUCCACUGGCUUCCAUUCAGUGUCUUCCACCCCUCAAUGCAAUCCCUCCACUGGCCUCCAUUCAGUGUCCUCCACCCCUCUCUGCCAAUCCCUCCACUGGCUUCUGAUCAGUGUCCUCCACCCCCCUCUCUGCCAAUCCCUCCACUGGCUUCUGAUCAGUGUCCUCCACCCCCCUCUCUGCCAAUCC